AUAGUAAAACAUAGUUAAUAGGUCAAUUCACACACACAUACAGACAGAUUCAGGCUGGGUGACUCAGCCAUUGUCUGACUCACUUACUGUAGACGCACACACACACAUAAACAAACCCCAAAAAACACACUAUAGCACACUUCAUUAAGACUACUCCGAGGGAGGUGAAGCGAGUGAAUGAUAGAGAAAAAGAGAGCCGAUCUUCAACAAGUGGUGAAGUACAAAGAACAAGAGAAUACGUUUCCUGCAGCUGUUUUAGCGAGAGAGACAAGGAGAGAGGAAGGGAGGGUGUAAGGGAGGAGAAGGAGGGAAGAGGAGGAAAAAAAAAGAAAGAAGCCAACUCAUCUGACACAACAGUGGGCCAAAGAAAGGGGAAGAGCAGGAGCAGCACUGUCCAGAACGAGUGGAAAAUCAAAGUUGGAGAAGACGAGUAGAAGUGUAAAGAAGACAAGACGGGGAAAAAGAAAGAGCCUCAGAGUCUGCACAAAGAUUGAACUGGGUGAAAAAAAGCUGCCAAACAAAAUAAGGAAAAGGGGGUUGAAGCAGAAAGGGCCCCAACAUUUAGAGAGGAUUUCUAAAAACUGGGGAACAAAUUUCCUGCCCGACCUGCCAAGAGACUAUAAAAAGUCUGGAGGACCCAUGCUGGAAUUAGAUCUGUGCUGGUACGUGAAAACAGGAUGUCAACGCUACCAUCAGAAAACAGCAUUGAAGAUGCCUGCAGUCGCAGCUUCUGGAUGCCUGGGAACUAUCAGCCCACUGUGAAGCGAACAGAAGAUGCCUUCCAGGCCUGUAAUGACAUAGUGGCAUGUUUCCAAGAGAGAGCUCGCGUGGAGAGGCAGUACGCCCAGCAGCUCAGUGAAUGGAGCAACAAGUGGAAGCCAGUAGUGGACUCCAGUCCUUUAUACGGAUCUCUCCUGAAGGCUUGGCAGUGUUUUCUGUCUUCCGCUGACCGGCUGGCCUCCUUACACGCCUCCAUCUGUCGCUCCUUGGUGUCGGAGGAUGGUGACCGGGUCAGGACCUGGCAGAAGGACACCUUCCACAAGAAGUUAUUUGGAGGCUUUAAGGAGUCCCAGGACAUUGAGACGGGCUUCACGCGUGCUCAGAAGCCGUGGGCCAAACGACUUAAAAAGCUGGAUAAAGCCAGGAGAGCAUACCACAAAGUGAGCCGUAAAGAGCAGGCAGCCAGGGAAAGAGAGGAACAUGCUCAGGGGAACCCAGAUGUCGCCAUUGACAAACAGAAGAAGAUUCAGGAGGAGAGAGAGCUGGCUCAACAGGAGGCAGAGAAGGUUCGGGCCCGCUAUGAAAAAGUCCUUGAGGAGGUGAACCGCUACGCUCCACGCUACAUGGAGGAGAUGGAGUCCAUCUUUGACCAAUCGCAGGAUGAGGAGCGCAAGAGGAUUGUCUUCCUCAAGCAAGCCUUCCUCUCCAUCCACAAACACCUGGACAUUACCAACAACGAGAGUGUGAGGGCCGUAUACAAUGAGCUCCACAACACACUGAUGGCCAUCGAUGAGCAUGAGGAUCUUCGCUGGUGGAAAAACACCUUCGGGCCCGGCAUGCCCACCGACUGGCCUCACUUUCAGGAAUGGAUGCCCGAGAAGAAAACCAAAAAAGGGAAGAAAGAAGUAGAAAAGAAAGGAACAAUAGAGAGGAGUGUGAUGAUUGGAGGAGUGAGAGUAAGAGCUCUGUAUGAUUAUGUUGGCCAGGAGACAGAUGAGCUGUCAUUUAAAGCAGGUGAGGAGUUUUUGAAGAUCGAGGAUGAGGAUGAUCAGGGCUGGUGUCGGGGGAUGAAGGACGGCGGGUGUGAGGGGCUUUACCCAGCCAACUAUGUUGAGGUGGUGUAGUUAGUGCAUCUAAACUAAAAAUGAAAGAUCUUGUUACAUCAUGUGCUUCGUUUUACUGUGGAAGUCACAACCUGGUUUAACGACUAAAUGUCAGAAACAUAAAACCAAUGCUGUAAAAACAAAACGCCAAGUAGCUGUUAGCCAAAGAUCUGGUCUGUGAUGAGCGUAUGAACUUAAGAGCACUUCAGAGGAUAUUUUAGCAUACAGAGAUUUUUUUAAAACUAUCCAGGUUGUGUAAUCUCUUGAAGGAUUUUGAAAAAUGUUUUAAUAUAUACAGUAUGCAUAGACCACUUGUAUUGAAGCCAUAUGAUAAACAAUGCUUUAAUGUAAAAACGUGCUCUUAUAUAAUGAGCCAUUUGGUGCUGAAAUUGCAUUACAGGACAGCUAUUUUCCUUAAGCUGGCUUUUUUUAUUUUACACCUCAACACAUUUCUAUUAAAAUGCUCAUAAAACCUCUCAACAUAUGGAGAAAGUGACGCUAAUACUGUGAUUAUAAUUAAUCCAAAGCAGCUGUACAAGUGGAGUCAGCUUUAUGGAAGUAGAUAACCUGUUUUUUCUUCUUUUUUUGUGGUUUAAAGGAACAGUUCAACACUUAGGAAUAGGAUUGUUUGCUCUCAAAUACACAAUGAAAUGGGAAGAUUGACAUUAGUUUCACCUCUGUGUCAGGUACAGGGGGAAGUGCUAGCCUAGCAGCAUCAACACACAUUCCAGGAGCUCCAGUGCUGUCUUAUUUGUUAUCUUGUUUACUUAAAGUGGCAAUAAUAGAUAUAUUAACAAGUUAUGCUAUGACACAUACUGUAUGUGAAAGGUUUCUGAAGAACUGCCAAACUGACCUGGAGACUGCAUGCAACAUCUCAGAUGUACUUGUGAAAACAAAAUUCCGGUGACUAUUGUGUUGAUGACUAGUUUUCUAGCUAAUAAAAUAUGUAUAAUGGCCACAGAAGAUACUGAUUAGCUGGCUGGUGGUGGUUAUAAUCUUAAAGUGGAAAUCCCCCACAAUGCUUACUGUCAACAGGUAUAAAGGUACUGCAGGGAAUUAUGACAAAAAUACUUAUCCUUUAUGCUACAUCACAAACAUUAAAAAUAAAUGAAAAUUUAAACAUAACUUUUAAACAAGCCUGUUUUUAUCUUGUCAGAGACCAUGGUAUAAUGACUCUGAGGUAUAUAGAGAAUAAUGGACUUGGCUGAGGAAACGGUACCCCACUUUAGGUUGUGGGCUUCUUUGCCUCCACUCAAUUCAUUAUGUUCUUGAAGUAGGGCACCUUGUUGUGCAUUAUCACUAGGGUUGGGUACAGAAACACGGUGCCAAUAGGGCACCGGUGCCGACGUAAACGGUAACGAGACCGAAUAAGAACGAAAAUUUCGGUGCUUGACUUUACACUACACCUGACAGCAGGUAACGUUAGCCUACCUUUAGCUAGCAGCUGGAUUAAACACGGUUAAAUCGGAAAAAAAAACAAAAAAACAAUACCCAACCCUAAUUAUCACUCACAAUGUGUGUUAAUAGGACAGCUUUAAUUGCUUUACUAUGUUCAUAACGUAAAAAAAUGCAAUGUAAAUGCAGUCCAUAUCCACUUAUUUUUAAAAUUUUUGAUGCCGUGAGGCUAGUAGCUUCUCCCUGUUUCCGGUCUUUGCACAAAGCCAGGACCUAUUAUCUACGAACAUUUUAAAACGAUCCAAAAUGAUGAUGGCCAAAAUUAUCUUAUUUUGGGCUCAUGUUAGCAUCAAGAUGUUUUUGCCAAACAGGGCCCAGGUCUUAACAUGUCCCAGACAUAAAGCGAUUUCUGCACAGCGUGUUCAGAGAUGAAACUGAUAUUGCUCUUCUUCAUCACAUUCUCAGUUUGACGCCAAGCAUUCAUAUUUCUGAGCAUGUCAGACUGUUCCUUUAAGAUAAAUAUGUACUGGGGAACAUCGUUUUCCUGUCUGUCUGUAAUCAUCUGUUGCUAUACUGUAUGUAUGACGCUUAUCACGAAGAGCAUCUUUACCAAAGUAAAGAAACGGCUUCCAGAAACUGCUGGGAUUGCCUUCCCCUUGUCUUUAGCCUUCUACAUUAUUUGUGUAUGUGCUGUGUGUCUUUAUUUGUCAUGUAAAAACUAUGCAUUUGCCCCCAACAAUACUUUUUUUCAAACUGCCUGCCUUUUGGAAAUAAAAUUUGAAACUGUUAAAGAAA